AUGUUGACGAAGGCGCUUCGGAUUUUGAAACCCAGGUCUAUUGUCGGAGCUUCUCUCCGCCGUCGACCGUUUUCUUUCUCUUCCUCGUCGCCGAGGUUGACUCCCGGAGCUGUUUCCCGUACGACGGCUGCUGCGGCGGAAAUCGACGCCGAUGAUGCAGUCGCGUACUCGGACCCGACCGAAUCGCCGGCUGCGAUUCCGAUUAUGAUGCAAGCUCACCUUCAGCCACGUGUCGUCGUGUACGACGGAGUCUGUCAUCUUUGCCACGGAGGUGUGAAGUGGAUAAUCAAAGCGGAUAAGUAUAGGAAGAUCAAGUUCUGUUGCCUUCAGUCUAAAGCCGCUGAACCGUAUCUAACAGUGAGUGGAGUCACUAAGGAGGAUUGUGAGAAGCGAUUUCUCUUUGUUGAAGGUCUCGGUUCAUACCAUCAGGCAUCAACCGCUGCACUUAAAGUGGUAUCAUACCUGCCUCUGCCUUACUCCGCAUUGAACGCUUUUUCCAUUGUUCCUACUCCUCUGAGAGACUCGGUGUAUGACUAUGUGGCCAAACAUCGUUAUAAUUGGUUUGGAAAAGCUGAGGAUUGCUUAGUUCUGAAAGACCAAGAGCUGUUGGAGCGGUUUAUAGACAGAGAUGAACUCAUUGAUCGAUGCUAA